AUGAAUCUAAUUUUAUUUCUUAACACUAGAUCAUUCAAACAUACAAUUUGUAUAAUAUGCAAACUCUUUAAUGAGCUUUCAUAAUAUUGGAAGUAAUUUCAACUUUAAUAAAUUGUAUAGCCAUCAAAAUAUUUGUAAUAAAUCCAACUAUAUAAUGCUGUUUCAAAACUUCUUACUACUCUNGGUACUAAUUCUGGAUUUGCUGAUUUUGGAAUGUAAGGAGCUUAUGGAUAACCUUAAGGUGGAUUUGGAUAACCUUAGGGAGGAUUUGGACAACCAUAAGGUGGUUUUGGAUAACCAUAAGGUGGUUUUGGAUAACCAUAAGGUGGAUUUGGAUAACCAUAAGGUGGAUUUGGAUAACCAUAAGGUGGUUUUGGAUAACAAUAAGGUGGAUUUGGAUAACAAUAAUAAGGAAGUUUUGGAACACAAGGAGCUUUUAAUAAUUAACCUUAAGCUGGUUUUUCAUAACCUCAAAAUAUCCAAAAUAAUUAUUCAAAUUAACCACCAAAUUAACCAAACAAUUAAAUAUAUGGUAAUCCACCUACAGCUGGUUUUGGUUAAACUAAUGGGACACCAAACCCAUAUUCUUGUCUCAAUUAAGGUAUAUCUAUUUUAUUUAAUAUAAAGGCCCUUAAAUUAUGGCCAGCUAAAGUAUGAAAGUUCCUUAAUAAUAUUAAACUCCCUAAUAACCAUAGGUGUAACCAGUGAUCCCACCACAAUAACCAAUAGGUCAAUAAACAAACAAUUAUAAUAAUUAAGGUCUUGAUGAUUUGGAGGCCAGAUUAAGAAAUCUUGAUAAAGGCUUAUGAUGCAAUAUUUAAAUUCAAUCUAG